AUGUCAGCUAGAACGUUAAAUAAUAACAAAUACAAAUUCACCAUCAAGAAGAGGGAUCAUCUGUCUGCGGAAAAUGUGUCUCGCUUAAACUCAGAUCAAACUAAAGUUCAAUUACAACUAUUACAACAAGCGUUUGGCAUUUACAAUAAAGAGUUUGAGGAGUUGAUGUCGACUGUUGAAGAUGAAAAGAUUGAUACUUACAUAGAAGGAUUGGAAGAAGUAAAUUACAUUUAUGCACAUACUAAAGCAAUUUUAUUAUCACAUAUUAUACACAAAUCAGAAGAACCAAAAACACUACCACAUGAAAGUAAUGUACGUCAAUUGAUAAAACUUCCACCCAUUAAUCUACCUACAUUUAAUGGCAAGUUUAAAGAAUGGUACUCUUACCGUCAAUUUAUGUCAAUGGUUCAUGAUAAUCAAGAUAUUGAUGAUGUGCAUAGAAUGUAUUAUUUGAAGUCCAGCUUACAAGAACAAGCAGCCAAAGUCAUUGGAACCUUAUCUUUAACUGUUUUAAACUAUAAGGAAGCUUGGUCGCUGCUUGUUGACCGGUAUGAUAAUAAACGACCCAUAGUUCAAAAACAUUUGCACUAUUUAGUAUCACAACCCAUCUUAAAUAGUGAAUCGGCAAACGCUUUAGGAUAUCUGUUGGACGUUACUAGAAAAUAUUUAUCAGCUCUUAAGGUAUUAGAACUUCCAGUAAAUCAUUGGGAUGCGAUUUUAGUGCAUAUUGUAGCUAAUAGAUUACCAAAUAACAUGUUCAAACCUGGGAGGUAG